AUGGCAGAGUAUAAAGGUGGAGAGGGAGACGGUAUGAGGAUAAGGAUGUUUGAGAAGAAGAGAGAGAAUGAAAUGAAGGAACUCAAUAAGAUGAAGGAGAAGUUGAAGGAGGAGGCAAAGAACUCUGUAGUCAGUAUAAGCCAGAAGUUUGAAUCUGGUAAUGAUGCCAACAAUGUAAUCAAGACAGGCGGUCUAGUAUCAAUGAACGAGUUUAACAAGCAAACAAACACUGCUAGCAACAGCAGUAGUACCAAUGAAAAGAACCCAGCCAAUGACAAGAAGAGAGAGGCUGCAGAAAAGGCCGAUCAACAAAGGAAGAAGAAGAAACAAAUGAUUGCAAAGAAUACUCUAUCGUUUGAUAUGGACGAGGAAGAGCAAGAAGAGGAAGAGCAGAAGCAUAAGGAAAAGAAGACCAAUGAUACAACCACUGUAGCACCGAGCAAUGGCGAAUCAUCUGCGACGGAUGAGCAGCCAACGGUGGCAGCCACAAGUACAGGCACCAGCAGCAAGCCAAAGAUGUUUGGAAAGAACCCAUUGGUAAACACAGACUUCUUGCCAGACCAGGAGCGAGAGGAGUUUGAACAACGCGAGCGCGAUAGACUAGCGCGCAUCUGGACUGAGGAGCAAGAAAAGAUUAAGGCAGAGGUCGUAGAGAUCACAUACAGUUAUUGGGAUGGCAGUGGACAUCGUAGACAACUUCAAUGUAACAAGGGUACCACAAUCGACAAGUUCCUGGAGCGUGUCCGACAGGAGUUCAAAGAGUUGAGAGGUGUAACUGUCGACCAUAUGAUGUUCAUCAAGGAGGAUCUUAUAAUACCACAUAACUAUUCAUUCUAUGACCUGAUCGUUGAGAAAGCAAGAGGCAAGAGUGGACCUCUAUUCAAGUUUGAUGUACAUGAUGAUGUUAGACUAGUGAGCGAUGCUUCUGUUGAGAAGGAUGAGACACAUGCUGCCAAGGUAGUUGAGAAAUCAUGGUAUGAUAAGAACAAACAUAUCUUCCCAGCUUCUAGAUGGGAGGUAUAUGAUCCAACCAUUGUCAGACAAUCCUACACUAUAUCCGAUAAAUUGACAAAGCAUUAA